GGUAAAACUAAAGCGGGACGCUCCUUACGGCGCCUCUUAUAGUAUGUGAUUUGGUAUUUAACGUUAACACGUCCAACUUCAUUUUAAUUCAUGCAUUUUCUUUUCAUUAGCGCCUGGAUACUGAGCCCGUUUGACAACCGAGUGCGGUGCUGCUGGGUCCGAGGCUGUGCAGAGAGCCACUAUGGGAGUGUCGUGGACGCACCUGUGGCUGCUCGUGUGGAAGUGCUACGUGAUCGUGGUGAAGCGCCACUGGGUCGCCUUCAUCAUGGAGCUGCUGGCGCCCGCCGCGGUGUCCCUGACGCUGGUGUUCGCACGCCAACACAUGGACUACUCGCGCGUGCUGAACGUGACGCACUUCGAGCCGUUCCCCGUGCAGAGGCUGCCGCCGCGCUUCCACGUGCCACCGCCCAGCGCUCCUCGCUGGCUGCUGCUCUACGCGCCGGAGACCAACGCCACCGCAGCUGUGCUCGGGGCGAUUGCCGAAAACUCCAACCCGCCCCUCAUGGUGCAAGGAUUCAAGACGGAGGAGGCUAUGGUAAACCACUACACGGCCGCGAUGGCGCACCGGGACUCCAUCCUGGGAGGCGUCGUCUUUGUCGGCCUCAAUCUGAACGAAAGUGGGACAUUGCCCCUGGACAUCCAUUUCAAGGCAAGUAUCACAAGCUGCCAAUGCUCCUUACACCAUAUUAGAGCUCAUUUUGGGGAUUGAGUUCCCGCCCAUUGGGCAAACUGGAAUGCCUUUUCUGGGGA